AUGGGCUCCGUACCAGUCGCCUUGCCGGCCAAGGCUGUUGUCCUUCCGCCACCGCUGCCGGGCUACCGCACAGUCGCCGACGAGAAGACGGACCAUACCGAGACCCUCAAGCGUGUCCAAGACCAUGCCUUUACAGACUGGCCCAAUGAGGCGGGGUUUGACGGCCUCCGCGAAGAACGAGGUCCCAUCGAGAUCCCCGUCGUCGGGACCAUUCCCGCGUAUGCCGCCGGCAGUCUGUACCGCACCGGACCGGGCAUGAUGAAGGUCGAGGGCACACCCAAAGGCACGCACUACAUCAGCCACUGGUUCGACGGCCUGGCCCACACCCAUCGGUUUGAGAUUGUGCCCGACGAGGCAACACCCGGGACGGUGUCCGUCUUCUACUCCUCCCGGCGCCAGUCCGAGGCCCGCAUGCGUCUCAUGCAGGAACAGGGCGCUGCUAAAAUAGUCACGUUCGCCCAGCGCGCCGACCCCUGCAUCGGCCUGCUCGGCAAGUUCAUGUCGACCUUCAAGGCUGCUGCGCUGCGCCGGAACACGCGUUUGAAGGACUCGGAGAAUGUCAAUGUCGUCGUGCACCUCGACGUGCCGGGCCUGCAGGCCGACCGUCCUGCUGCGGCCAAGGCUGCCGACCGGCGGUCGAUGGCUGUCGUGCCGUCGGUCGAAGCCGCCAAGGACGGCGACGUCCAGCGGCCAACCGCACCACCCGCCGCACCACCCGCCGCAGGCCACCGCAGUGCCAACCUGCCCGACUCCGUCUGGAUCACCACCGACGUCAACAUCAUGCGCCGCGUCGACCCGGCGACGCUCGAGCCCAUUGGCGUCGCCAACCAGGAGACGCUGCACCCGGACCUCAAGGGCGCCAUGUCGUCCGCGCACGCCCAGCGCGACCCCGUCACGGGCGACUUUUUCAACUUCAAUCUGGACCUGGGCCCCUCGCCCACCUACCGUGUCUUUCGCGUGUCCCAGGCCACCGGCAAGACAGACAUUCUCGCGACCAUCCGCUGCCGCCACGGGCCUGCCAGUGCGCCUGGGUCGACGUCGGGGGGUGGCAACGGCAACAAAAGCUACACCAGCGGCGCCAGACCGGCGUACAUCCACUCCUUCUUCUUGACCACCCACUACGUCGUGCUCUGCAUCCCCUGCACGCAUGUCGCGCAGAACGGCCUCAAGAUACUGUGGGAGCGCAACAUCCUGGACGGUCUGGAGCCGUUUAGCGCGGCCAACAAGACGCGCUGGAUCGUGGUCGACCGGCAGCCCGACGGCAAGGGCGUGGUGGCCGAGUUUGACAGUCCGGCCGGCUUCUUCUUCCACAGCGUGAACUCCUUUGAGGACGAGGAGGCCAACUGCAUCGUGUGCGACGUGAUUGACUAUCCCACGUCCGACAUCAUCCACGCCCUCUACUACGACGUGCUUCUCAACCGCAACAAUGCCGCUGUCGACUUUUACAACGACCCCGUCCGUGCUGCCAGUGUUACCCCCUCGCUGUCGCGGUAUCGUCUAAAGUUGCCGUCGUCGUCGUCGUCGGGCAGUACUGCCGUCCCCGUCACAGCCGCCACACAAGACUGGGCCGUUGCCGGCCCGCAUGCGGGCGAGCUCCCCACCAUCAACCCAAAGUAUGCCACGCGCCGCCACCGGUUCGUCUACAGCGUCGCCAGCCAGGGCCGCUCAACUCUGGCGGACGCGCUGUGCAAGACGGACACCGAGACCCGGGCGGCGCUGCUGUGGCACGCGCCUCCGGGCCACACGCCGGGAGAGGCUGUCUUUAUCGGCAACCCGGAUGCCACAGACGACGCCACUGGCGAGGACGACGGCGUCCUGCUGUCGGUGGUGCUGGACGGCACGGCCAGCAAGAGCUACCUGCUGUGUCUGGAUGCGCGCACCAUGGCCGAGACGGGGCGCGCCGAGGUGGGCUUUGCCAUUGGCUUUGGCUUUCACGGCGCGCACGCCAAGGCAUGA